AUGCUACGGCAUAAGCUUGAACCUGAUGACCUAUUUCACGGGCCCAUUGGGUUUGUCCAUGACGGCGGCGGCGAAUAUCGACGCCUGGAACAAUAUGACGAUGCUCUUGCCUCUCACCGGCGCUUUCGUCACCGAUCUGUUUUAGGCAGGUACCAGACCAUUAUCGCUGUCUCACUACUCUACAUCUUGGGGUACGCCGACCACAACCUGAUUGCAAAGUGGAAGAAGCUCGGCUACGAGAGACUAUGCUGCCUGAGGUGUAUGCAGCCCAGGGACCAUAACUUCCAGACGACAUGCGUUUGCCGAGUCCCGAAGCGUCUGCGCGAGGAGAAGGUUGUGGAGUGUGUGCACUGCGGCUGUGGGGGCUAUGCGAGUGGGGAUUGA